CCCGUGACACAGGCGUGCACUGCCCCCUGAAAACCCAUACCUGCGGGCUACGGCGCGAAGAUUUCCCCCAGAAAUUAAUAAACCACCAAAGCCAUAGCUUGAGGCGGCGAGAAGCAGAGCCGGAGAAGGAGGGGAGUCGGAGAAGAUGGUUGUUCUCGUGGUAGCGACGGCGUCCGACCCGGCGUCCAUCGGCCCCGCCGCCGCGUUCCUGGCUAUGCCUGGCUGGUCCCCCGGCCCGCCCAUCCCCGAGGGGAUGGAGAGCUUUACAAAUGGGAAUGUUAGGUUAUUGAAGCAUGAACGCAGCAUUGUUGCAGAGGAUGAUCUUGACCGUCGGUGGCAGGAAGCCACUGGAGAGGCUGUUUCUGAGGUCAUAUUCCUCAGCAAACACACUGCAGUCUCCAACCGCCCUGCACUCACUGUCCAUCCAAUCGGUGUGCCACAUCUGAGGGAGGAUGAGACCCCCCCUCAAGGAGGGAGGCCUGGAUGGGCAGGGGUGCCAAACCCUCGAAUUGGCCCAUGGUUCCGGUUGAUGCAAAAGGUUGCUGCCGACCAAGGUCUUGUUCCAGAGUUUGAGAUUACACUUGAAGCUACUCACCAUGGACCACUUACCAGUACACCCACGAUGUUUGUUGAGAUAGGAAGUACACAAGAAUACUGGGGUAGACAAGAUGCUGCACAGGCCAUUGCUCUAGUUCUAUGGAAAGGUCUUGGCCUUGAGGAAGGAAAUGCUGUUGGAACUUGGCUGGGGAGUGGUGAAAAGGUUCUACUAGGUAUCGGUGGUGGUCACUAUGCCCCUCGCCAUAUGGAUAUUGUCAUCAAAGACGGUGUCUGGGUGGGUCAUCUCCUGUCUGGUUACUCUUUGCCGAUGGAGGCUCCACCUCAAGUAAAUGGAAAGAGUUCUGGUGAGGUUGGUGGGAUGUGGAAGCAUUCCAUCAAAGUUUCGUAUGAAGCCACAAAGGCAGGAUUUCCCGGUGGUGAAGUUAUAGCACAUCUUGAUCAGAAGAGCUUCAAGGGCUGGCAAAAGAACGCCAUCACGAGCUAUUUGCAGGAGCAAAAUAUCAAGAUAGGAAAACCCAAUGAUUUCCUCUGCAAAAAAAUUUAACCGCGUCCGCAAGGCAAGUCGUCGAAGUGACUUCACCCUCCCUAGGGCCUGGCACAUACAAAUGGAGUAAAUAUAGAGCACUGUAUUUUCGUAACCCGAUUUCAAGAUGUAGAGUACUCCCUCCCCGUUCGUCUUAGAAGGCCUGACUUGUGCCAAAAAAAAAACAGGAAUAUACUACGAGAGAGACAUAUCUUAAGGACACGACUAUGCGUGCUUGUGGUUCCCAGAGUUGGCAGGCAAAUGGGGGCUAUCAUUAUCCAUAUUUUUAUUUC